AUGACACGCAUUGAAAGCCUUCCUAUCGAGCUUGUACAUCUCAUUGUGUCUUUUCUGGUCCAACCCGAAGAUGAUCUCGACCUACUGAGCGGAGGUCAAACCACGAAAGCCAAAGAUGGCCAUACAAAGAAAUUGGAUGACGACGAAUAUGAUGACAACGAACUUGAAGAUGACGAAUACGAUGGAAUUGACACUCUGCGCAAUGUUUGCUUAGUUUCGCGGCAGUUCCGUGAGAUCGCCCAGCCUUUACUGUUCCGUGAGCUCUAUGAUGAUGGCAUGGGGGGUGAUGUAACGCCGAUCAUCCCGUUCACCAAAACAAUCUAUCGACGUCCAGAUCUCGGAAAGCAUGUGCAUCAAAUCACUAUCCUGCCUCUCUCAUUCCACCCAGGUGGCCCCGAUUCUCUUGCCGCAGAAGACUCCGAGUUCUUCAAAGGCAUAAUUAAGGGCCUUCAAUUGGCCGAUGAGGAGGAAACAUGGAUUUCAGCUAUGAACAAAUGCGACAUCAACAUCUUCGUAGCAUUGCUAGCCAACAAGGCCCCCAAUGUUCGUGGACUACAUCUGCCAGUGCGCAAAUUCUCAAUCCAGCCAUUCAUCCAGCUUUUCCAUCACAAUCCAGAAUUUUUAUCAAACCUUGAGUCUGUCUGGUUUGAAAGCGAUGACGAACUUUCCGGCUUCGAUAUUGCUUCCUAUGAGAAAUUCCUCACCCUUCCUAAGGUCACAUCUUCGACCUUUGAGUACGGUGAUCUCUUCGACACAUCUUUUCCAUCUACCUGGCUGCCUGGAACAUUAGAGACCCAAGAACUCGCUUUCCACCACUGCCACAUCGAUGCUGGUGCCCUCAAAAAGCUUAUGCAAGCAUGCAAAAAGCUUAAAACCUUUACCUACAACAAUUUCAGUUUGGACCCUAACGACCGACGGAUCAUGCGCGCAGGAACUGUCCCCGAGUUUACCGCCAAGGAGGCUCAAGAAGCCGCCCUCCUACAUAAGGAUACCCUUGAGCUCUUCCAUCUCGAGUACUCAAUGGAAAUACAGGACGUCGACGAUAUCGAGCAACUCGUUUCCGGCCACGUCAAGGUUGGCUCAUUCCGUGAUUUCUCCGUGCUGGAGACAAUCCUCAUCCCACACGCUUCUCUUCCUCCACACCCUGAAUUCCCCAGUUCGUUAGAGACACUCCAUAUCACGGACUGCAACUCUUCUAUCCGGGAGUUGACUCGGAACAUCGCGACAGAUUGUAAAAAGGGUCUUUAUCCGAAGUUGACUAACAUCAAGGUAUUCGCAAUCGACAUCACGCAGCCCAUUAAGCUUCCUGGGCAACGUAUUCCAGAAGGGAAAACACCAGAACAAUGUUUCCUUGCCCUGAAAGAGAUGUUCAAAGGAACCAAUGUGAAUUUCCAGAUCUUGCCAUAUGAAUUACCUGAUUUUGAUGAUUACGGCGAUCUCGACGAUUUUGAUGAAGAUCUCGGCUAUGAGGAAGAUUUCAUGGAACCCGGAUUCGAAGGAUUUCCACCAGGAACGGAUCCCGACAUGGGUUCAAUCCCACCACGGAUCUUGGAUUUACUCAUGCAGCGGGCUAUGAUGGAUCCUGAGUUUGCACACCUUCGUCCCGAAGAGGGCAGCGACGACGAUUCUUGGGAAACUGAGGACAGCGAAUGA